AUGUCUGCAGAAAGUGGUGGUGUUGGCGUUACGCCUCCUACCGACCGUCAGGCUGGCUAUGAGGCAGAGGACAAAAGACCAGCUCUUGACGAACAUUACCGCGUAGAGCAGGGUGCCGGCCGUCAUAGCUGCCGAUCCGAUGAGCUGAAAGAUGAUCCGGUAAGUGGCACAGACCUGGCCUGGCAUACAUGUAUCCUUACAGGUGUUGCAGAGAUCAAUGAUGAAGACCAGCGUGAUUAUGCCCAGACCACCGCAUAUCAGGACUACAAUGAUGAUGUGCACGAUGGUGAAGAGGCAGGUCGUGAAGAACUGGCCGCAAUUCCAUUUGGGCAGUACCAGUGA